AUCUGGAAGUGUUGGGAGGUGGGGACUUACAUUAGUUUUUAUAUGCCCCACUUCGGUAUGUAUUCUUUCAUCCGAAUGCUCAGGUAUCCCUGAGCAAGUUAUCGAUAACUUACCGAUCGGUAAGUUUUUUUGUAAUAAGUUUUAUGGGACGAUCAAAAUUUUGGGUGAUUAAACGCUUAUGAAACUAGGCCAGUCAUUAUGUAAAACGUAGAGCUAACUGCAGGGAAAACACGGAGUUAUUUAACAAUUAGUGUUACUUCAGAUCUCCACAUUUUUAAUCCAAGAUCAAGGGUUAUAUUGAGUAGGAAAUAUUUAUAUUCUUGACUAUUCAGUUAGCCUACUAUGUCCUGUAAGCUAUUUUGUCUAUUCCAAGGGAAAAGUGUAUUGAGUUGAAGGUUUUCUGGCAUCCUGAGUACUACCUUGAAGUCUGGUGAAACUGUAAUUAAUGGACGACAUUUGAGCAGCGCUAAAAAGUCCUUGAGAAUGUCCACGUACAUACUACGGCUAAAUCAGGAUUAUAAACCAGUAUGAGGAGUUAAGAUUAAUAUUUACAGUUGAUAGUUAGGGUUAGGAAUUAGAUCUCAAGUUUUAACCACUUACUGACAUCAGCUAUAAUGCCAAAACUCUAUUUAACCAAAUGGAUGAAUUUGCGCCAAAAUUCAAAACAUGUUAUCCUAAAUCUGGUUCGUCCAUAAAUUAUUCUCUCGCCUGAAGUCUUAUAGUUUUUGAUAUAGCGACUUAAUUUUCGAACUAAUUCAUUCCUCAUUAAUAUCGUCAUGGGAAUCACACAUAGCAGUUCUCUAAAUACGUGUCGGGAGUUUCCAGUUUACUUUGUAACAGUUUUGGCCUACACACUUUUCAUAUUUUAGAUCUUACGUGUUAGUAUUUUUUGUAAAAGUGCCUUUAGAGGCUCAUAGCGUCAUACUACUUGUAAAUUCAACAAAACGGUGGAGGUUCAUAGCAUUUUAGCUGUAUCUUACAUCAAGUCCUUAGUCGUUGUGAGUAUAAACUAAAUGCUGAGGUAAUCGCCAAUUUCGAAGAAACAUGUACUACUGCCUGUCAUUUAUUGAUUGCCUAAACGAUUAAAGGAACUUUUUGUUGUCUACCAAAUGAUAACUUCUUUAAUCACUGAGACAUCACAAAUAUAACGUUCAGCCUUUGGUAGGUUUUCGUCUAGCCUAAAGGUACCUGGGGGAGUGUGAAGAGCAUUAUGUGAGGUUAUUUGGAAGAGAAAAGAGUAAUCGGCAACUCAGUAGGCACAUAGAAUGCACUUACAUUUAAUAACGAAGGCAAUAGACAACAAUAAAAAACAACACGAGGGUGAGAUUAAGGCAAUCUGGUAAUCGAAGCUAAGAGUUGAUAGUUUACGGUUCCAAACACUUAACACAUAUUCUUAUCAAAUUAGUCAGACAGUCGAUAUAAACAAAAUCAUUUAAAUGUACGUUCGGAAUUAAUUAAAGCAAGAGGCAUGCUCUGUCAAGCGUUCUUGGGCAGUGUUAUUAUUCUGCUUAAAGUGGACAUUUUGGUCAGCUCAGGCCUUUGGAUAGAAUAUGAAACUUAUAUUUGUAAUUUGACUUGUGACAGCUGAGUUCAGCAUAAUUUCGGGUCCUCUGUUUAGAGUGAUCCUAUUUAUUCGUACUAGAUUAGUUUUAUUCGAGGAGCAACUUGUAGUCGUAAUUUCGUUAAAUUACAGUAUUAAUAACCUAUUAUGCAACCAGCUGUUGUCUUGUGAUAUCUGUUAUAUCACAGAUUACAUGUGUAAUAUAAACUGUUCAACGGCCUCAGUCAAAUCAACUUUCGAGUAAACUCAUUCCGACACCUUAGUAGUCGGUUGACCCGUCAUGUUAUGAUGCAUGCUAAAUAAUAUCCCGAAGUUUUCUACAUAUACAGUAGCUGGUUGGUUUUCAUUGCCUUAUUAAAAGUAAUAACAUUAAACAAUUUAACAGGUUCGCCAUUUUAUAGUCAGUAAAAUAUGUGCAUAUAAUCAAACAUAGAUACAUUAAAAAUAUUAAAAAAAAACUACAAGUGGAUAAUCCAGGCAAAUAAAGAUAAUAACAUGCUGAAUUCCAUUUACAUCGGUGAGAGUUUGUAAUUAAAUACUGAUAUUAAGCGUUCUUAAGAGUUUGUGUUCUAGUUGUAGAGGAUUGUAAUUCCCUUUUAUUCCUAUUCAUUUUAGCACUAGAAAUGACGGAUGUAGUAGAAGCUCGAAGAUGUUUUGGAUGUCGUGUUAUUUUCGAGACAGAUGACGAAUUUUGGCAUCAUAUAUUAAAUGUGGAUUGUAGUAGCUCGGUAAGCUCACCGAGUUUGGGGAAAGAUGUAUCCUUACCUUGUUCAAGCCAAGACGAUAAUAGACCAUUGAAAAGUACACCGUCAGAUGAUUUAUGUUUUUGUAGUUUGUGUGACAAGUGGUUUGUAUCAAAGGCACAGUUCCUUGAACAUUUUUCUUCUGCAGAACAUGAGCAGAAAUCCAAAUUGGCUGCCAAAGUUCGUUUUAGUUCCGAUGUCAAUACAGGUAGCGAGAAUGUUCAGUCACACUUGUUUUGCGAUACUUGUCAAAUAAGUUUGUCGUCUGCUCAGGCCAAAGAGGCUCAUCUUGCUGGUAAGAAGCAUAAUAAGAUGUGUAAUCGUCAAUCGAGCUCCGUAAACACACAAGGGGAUUCGCAUGUUACUCUCAAAAAGGGGCACACAAGCAAUCAAGAAGUUUUAGAAAGGUUGGUGGGAGAUUACGGUCAGUUAUCGUCAACGAGUUCUGACAACUCUCAUUCAUCUGAUAAAAAUACCAGUCAUGUCGUUCCUCAGUUUCGUACUGACGACGAGAACGAUAUUAUACGUUUACUGCGUCGACUCUGUUUGACCCAAAUACUAUCACUUUUAUUGAGUGUAAGUGAGGAUUCAUCGGUACACGUAGAAGGCAGUUGUAACAAGGUACAGUCGAAAUAUUCUUUGAAAGAGAAAGAUCUACUUGAAUUGACGAGAACAGUAUGUAAAGAAGAAUUACGCGCUAUACUCCCACAGUCUUUACAACACAUCAUUUCUCAGACAAAAAACGCAGGUGACUAA